CGUGGAGCAAGAUCAAGAGCCGGAGCCUGAACCUGAGAAUGAAAUGGCUUCAAAUGCUAGACGACUUCAGAGGGAGAGAGUAGCGAAGAUGACAUUGGGUGAUUUGAGCGAUUACUUCCAUAUACCGAUUAAGGAGACAGCGAAACUACUGGAAGUAAGCACUUCUGUGGUGAAGAAAGUAUGCCGCAAGGCAGAGUUAUAUAGAUGGCCCCAAAGAAAGGUGAAAAGUAAUAUGAGGAAGAUCACAGUGCUCAGAAGAGGAUUGGCUAAUCCAGGAACAAGGGAAAAAACUCGAGUGGAAAUUCAAAGACUUCAACAAGAAAUGGUUGAGUAUUGUGGUGGACUUGCCCCAACUGGAAUAGAAAUGCUCCAAGUAUAGUAAGUGAGUCGGAUUGAAAUGUUGCUUGAGGGUGGGUUAUUAGAUUUUUUUAGACUCUUGUUUACAUAUAGUUAGACUUUCUCGGUGGAUACGUGUAACUUUUCUAUGAAUCCUGUAAAGUUAUUUGACCAAUU